AUCUCAACCAUGGGGGCGGGACCUCUACGCAGCCUGCGUGACUGAGGGCAAAGCUACGUUGGCUACGUUUACGUGGUUGUCCCGGCAACGAAAAGUCCACCAUGACAAAUGCGUGCGAAUCUACGUUAAUUCAGGAUUCUCGAGCUGUGUACAAGCCACGGUUUGGCUAAAUAGUUAGCUAACAUCGCCAUAAGAACACAGAGCAAGCUAACUGUUCUAGUUUGAUGGUAACUUAGUUCGCUUGGUGAGUAGCCGCCGUGUAGCACGGGUUCAAACCCAAAGCCAUGUCAAGUCAGAACCUUCCACCGUUGCGCCAUUUGCCGCAGUGGCCGCGAGUCGGGCGUCUCGGGAAGUCUUUCUCUCCGCGACGUUCAGCCGCGAACCGACUCCAGCCGCUCCCUCGUGCCCCGGCGGCGGACGGAGGAGGGAGAGGAGGUGGAGAGGCGUCCUGUCAGGGCGACGCCGACCCACGGGUCGCAUCUCUGCAGAGGAACAUCCACUUCCUGCAAGAGCAGCACAAGGAGACUCUAGAGAAGCUCCAUGCUGAGAUAGAGUGUCUCAGAAGAGACAAUAAAGAGUUGCAGUAUAAGCUGAUAAUGGAGCCUCCCAAGUCAAGUAGAAAAGUACUAACACAAAGUCGAAAAAGCAUUAGACCUCCCACUCAGGGCAGUGAAGCUCAUGCAGGACUCUACCUGGAGGAGCCAUUACAAGACACGCGAUCUGCACAGGACCAGGCAUUAUGGAGGAGCUUUGGAGAAGGGAGUGAGAUUAUGGGAUCUGCCAAGCAGGACCGUCACCCGGAGGUGAAGGGAGGCCUCAUCACUUCAUUACAGCCUCUGCGAAUUCACAGCAGUCCCUCUCAUCCCCCACGCGCUCCGACUCUGCAGGAGUGUGAGGUCAUCAUUCGGCAGCUCUAUCAUGCUAACAGCCUACAGUCUCAGGAGAUUAUACAUGUGAAGACGCUGCUGAGAGAUAUUGUACUGAGUAAGAAAAUCACUCCAGAAAAUUACAUUCUGACCAAGGCCUACCUGGUUGAUGGCACCCGCAAGAUUUUAGAGGAUGAGAAGUUUCCGAAACUUCGUCUUCAAACGUUACCGGACAACAUCUCUGGGCCCUCGCAGUCUUGCGUGGUCCUCCCAGCCCUGAAGCAGAGCCUAAGCUCAACCAUUGCAGAACGGCAGAGGCGGACCCGUGCUGUGCAGCGAGACCGUUUCAAAAGAACCGUGAAGUGAGGAAACCAAAAGCUGCCACCGCCUCAGCCGCACCCACCUGAGAGCUGCAGCUCUCCAUGUUUGUCCUGAAGAGAUGGUCACCAAGACUGUGAUAUGAAUAACAUGCAAUGAUCAAAGACAACAAAGGUCUGUAGCGUUUAAGUUUGCACAGUAAAAAAUUUAGCUUUACACUGGAAAUUAUAUUAAAUUAUUUUUAACAAACAUAUAUUUAGACAAUUGAAGCCUAAACAAGAUGCUAUAGUUUUGUCAAUAUGACGAUAGAAACUUUUCAAUGUUAAUAUUCAAAACACACAACAGAAAAAAUCUGAAGAAACUCUCCAUGCUAUAAAACACUGUACAGAAUACAAUAUGUUUAGGUUCUGUCUGGGCCAAUGUCAACCACCAAACACCUAUUGUACAACUGGAUAAUAAAUUUCUGAACAGAAAAAAAGUGCAA